AUGCGCUGCUCUGUUCUCUCCUCUAUGUGGCUCCUCGCCACCGCAUCCUUUGCCCUCCCUUCCGGGGACUACAGCAGCCAUGCAUCCAACCCCGGCGUCAAGCGGGCCUCGGAACCCGCCCACCAAUCCUUCGAGAACUGGUACACCGAAACAGCCACGGCCCCGCAGUUGGACGAGCGCGCCUCCGAGCCCUUUGAGAACUGGUACACCGAAAAGGCCGCGGCCCCGCCGCUGGACAAGCGUGCCCCCGCCGGCCCACCCGCAGGAAAGGGCGUCUACACCAAGGCCGAAUGGCCGUGGCUGGAGAAGAAGGCCGCCGCCGAUGCCACCGUCGAUGGCCUCAAAAACACCACAGCCACGCUUGUGGACAUGUUUGGCAAGGCCAAGAUGCCCUGGAUCGUAUCGGGCGGCUGGGCUCUGAUCCUUUACGGGCAGCCCAACAGCAAGACGACCGAUAUGGACAUCGUAAUUCAAACCGCCAUGCCCAAUCUCAAGAAGCUUCUAGCGGCCGAUCCCCGGUUUUAUGUUGGUGCGCCCGGUACUUGGCCCGACACCGAGUACUUGCAGGUCUUUUUCAAGAACCAAGACAAGUUCUUUGACAUUGACAUGAUUAUCGCCGGCAACAAAGAGUCGGCAAAAGAGUUGGGUCCCGUCACCAAAGCGAUCUCUACGACAUUCAGCAACGCAAAGCUCUCCGUCCCUGUCAUCGCGACUGGUCCACUUUUCAUGUCAAAGGCCCAAGGAUUGGCCAAUGUAAAGCGAAGCAAGGACGAGCAGGACGUUGCCGAUAUCAGUUACCUGGUCGAGACCUUCCCCAAGGAUUUGACCGACAUGUCAACCAAGUUGGCUUUGGAGACGCGGAAAGCCGUGGUGAACUCCUUCACCAAGCUCAAAUCGAAGUCGCUUGACAAGGUCAUUGACAAGGUCAAGGCGCUUCUCAAGGUCUAG